GCUUCCACCAUUCCAGUCAAAUAGGAGUUGUUUACAAACUUAAUGCCAUCUAUGCGUUUAGUUUAGGGCAUGGGUUAUUUUUUCUGAUUGAGUUCAGGUAUACGGAUUUUUGUGAGUGUCAAUAUAUGUAUUAUUUUUGGAAGAAAUUGACAUAAAUUAAGGAAACAAGUCAUAAAUUACUGAGAUAAUAAGUCUUUGAAUUUGGAGCAAUUUCUGGCAAUCCUCCGAAGUCCGGUCCCAAAUUAUUUUCAGUGAUUACUCCUUACUUAUAAGUCUUGGGCAUCAUUCUGUUUUGAAAUUCAUGUUUGUGUUAGUGGGCGAUGUUGGAUGGAGGCUGUCGGCCGUCGAGAUGCACAAACACUCGAGCGCAUUAUCACUACUAAUCAUGUGUUACCAGGGACAACUAUCGUCACGGACGCUUGGCGAAGAUAUCAAAAUGUCGGUCAGCUCAACAACGGGAUUUAUGCUCACGCUGUCAUUGUGCAGGCGCGUGAAUUUGUUGAUCCAGUAGACCAGGACAUUCACACAUAAAUUAUUGAAGGACUUUGGAUGCAAGCGAAACGCAAACUCCGCUAUCAGAGUGGUACUAGUCGCGGUCUGUUUGCCAGCUACUUGGAGCCUUCAGUGGCGCAAAGUCACAAGCAGAACGUUUCGGCUGCUAUUUGCAAAUGCUAUGCGCCAAUGACAACAUUUAGUAUUUACUGACUGGUUUUUAAAGUGACAGUUAUUUGCAAACGCUAUGACUGACAUUUCUGCUGUUUUAUAACAAUAGACACUGUGCAUUGCAAUUUUUUUCAUACGAAAUAAUUUGGGACCGGACUUCGGAGGAUCCCCCAAUUUCUGAUUAUGCCCCAAAAAAAUGAAAGUACCGUAGUAAAUUAGUAAUAUAUAUAAUUCAGUAAUAGUGUUCUGUUUAGCUUGCACUUGGCCUAGAAGGACUGUUUGUAAUAUUAUUCCCUAGUAAGCCUAGAAGGACUGUUUGUAUUUUGUUAUUAAGUGCGACUUAAAGUUCCUUAUUUUUAUCAAUUUUUAAGUUUAAGCCUAGACUCCAUUUAGAAUAAAUUUUAGUUUUUAGCCUUACUUGGUAAAUUUACGCAAUCCUUGCUAUGACGUUUCUCACGGCCACCAUCUUGGAUGCCAUGACCCAUGACACUUGUCUGCUAAAAAAAUGUGGAGGGAACAGGAGUGUCAGGAGACAAUGUGCUGGUUUAGCUAUUUACAGAGGGAAACGAAAAUAGGAACAAAACAUUAAAAUAUUUUAUUAAAUUUAAAUAAUUUCAGCUGGUAGGUACAUAAAUUUCAUGGCAAGUGAAGCUACUUUAUUGUAUCCCUCUAGAUAUGCGGCAAGAAGUGUUAACGACAUACGGUUGCCCCCUUUCCCUCAUGUAAUUUCAGCGGGUACUUGCUCCUUUUCCUGCGGCUACAGUUACACACCGUGGUCGUGGUAAGAAAACUAAAAAUGAAGAAAAACAAUACAAAAUUAUUUUUAAAUUUAUAAAAACCCAUCUUACAGUUUCACAGAAUACACUUUUUCACACUUUAUUUCACAUUCCACCAAAAAGAAAAUCCAAAAGUUGUCAGAAAAUCAACACAAUAAAAUAUUAGACCCAUUUUCCAAAUGCUGGAAAAUUUAAAUAUUAUAAUUAACCAACCAAUGAAAUUUUAAUUUAAAAUAUUCCGUCAUCAUAUUUAAGAAAAUUUAACUGUAGUAACAAUUCAAGAAUGAACAAAAGCGAGAGAAUCCUACUCAGGCACACGUCAUGGCGCAGAUUGCAGAACUUGACCUUUUAUUUUAGGAUUAGUUCUAAUCUAAAUCUAAGUUUUUGAUUAAGUAUACCAACUAUCACUUAUGUCUUUUUACAGUCUGUUAUGCAUUCAAAUUAUUAUUUAAUCAGCCUAUAUAAUAUUUUUCAGUUACUUUCCUAACUGAAACCAAGACUUUCACUAAAGAUCAUGGGUAAAGAAAAGCCAGGAUUUCUUACUCCCAAAGCAAUAGCAAACAGAAUCAAAGCUAAAGGGCUUCAAAAAUUGCGAUGGUACUGCCAGAUGUGUCAGAAACAAUGCAGAGAUGAGGUGAAUAGUACCAACAUUUUGAACUUCAAUAAACUUUGUUGUUUAAAAAAAUUAAGCUUUGUUCUAUCCAAAAUAAGUCACUCAAUCUUUUGUGUUUAUUACAAAAUGUAAUUUAAUUCAAUUCCAAUUGCAGAAUGGAUUCAAGUGCCAUCUCACAUCAGAGUCUCAUCAAAGGCAACUUCUUUUGUUUGCAGAGAAUCCUGAUAAACAUAUUGAUGGAUUUUCACAGUAAGUUUUUGUUUGACUUUGAAGUACAUUGUAUUGUAACAAAAAUAUACAGUGCUCGUUAGAGGAACAAUACGAAACAAAGGACUGAAAACCAAAGAAAAACGUUACUAAAGCUAGUGAAAUUAACAAUAAUCAAUUUAAUCAUACUAUUAUGUUGAUAUAAAAAAAAAUCAAACUAUACAGGAAUAAAAAUUUUAUUAACUUACAGCAGAAAAAUACUAGAACAAUACUAGAAAGGCUCAAAUAUUAUUACACACAGAGUGUAAAAACAAAAAUUUAAGUUUUGUAGGGUCUCAUAAGUCUGCCUGUCAGUCAACCAUUGUAUCUAGUGAAGAAGUAUGAACCCUCCAGAACAGUAAGUCUAGAACUUCAAUUGCCAGAGGGUUUUUCCCCCCACUAUGUAGACCCUUCUGGAAACGUAAACAAACUUUCCUAAUCAAGGGCAUUAGAGGAAAGGAGUGGCAGCACAUGUCACCAAGUAAAUUGGUGGUGUCAGUAACAAAAACAAAGGUUUGCAUGUCACGGCUUGACACAAUGCAAGGUGAACAAAGACUAGUUCCACACAACAUUCACUUAGCAUUAUAACUAAGUAAUUUUUAUAAAUGUUUUAGUAGGAAUUUUAUUAUUUGUUUAGUAUACUAGUGACACAAGGGUUUUAUAAAAAAUAUUUUUCAUCAUACAUCUAUGACCAAAAGGAACACUUAUAAAUAUUUUAGUGCACAAUUGUUUAUAUUUAAUCAAUACGUGUUACAGUUACACACUUUAAUCACAGGGAAUUUGAGGAUGAAUACCUUGAGUUGUUGCGCCGCAGAUUUGGCACCAAACGAGUAAAUGCCAACAUUGUUUACCAGGAAUACAUUGCCUUCAGGGAGCAUGUACACAUGAAUUCAACACAGUGGGAGACACUUACCGACUUUGUUAAAUAUUUAGGAAAAGAAGGUGAUUUUUUUUUUAUAUCCUUGAACACUAUAAAUUGUUUAUAUUACAAAAAUAAAAUUUAUUAAAAUCAAUAAAUGUUAGUUUGCUCUUAUCAUAGAAUAUCUUCUGCUGGUAUCUACUCAACUGUUUCUAAAUUUAAAGAUUAUGAAAUGUUCUUUGCUCUAGACGCAUUUGGUUGCUAGCGUUAUUUGAAAAACAAAUUGGGAACAAUAACUCAAUGAUUCUCAAAUGCUGUAAAUGUAAUCUAGAUUUUGUUUUAUGGUGAUAUCUGUGUACCAGUAUGAUAUAAUAGUCAUGCAUUUGUCUUAGAUUUUACUCUAUACAAAAUUCUUUUCAAACUUCUGUCAGUAAUAUUUAAAAGAAUAAAUUUAUAAAAUAGCUUUGAAAUAGUGUUAGGUGCAGGAGAUCGUUGCACCUAAAUAUCCAAAGCUAAUAAUUAACCUUUUUGCAAUAUAUAAGAAUAGUUUAAGCAGCUCCCAUCUGUGGUUAGCUCAAAUAAUACAUACAUGUAGUUGUUACGCACUGGCUUCUCUUGUGAGAAAUUAAUUUUUUGUUUUAAGUUAUGGCUCGUUCAAACAGUGCCUAACAGAGGAUGAUACCAUAGAGAAAUACCAUAACAAAAUUACGACUCCCAAAACAGUUCAAAUUACAAUUAUUAAAAAAUUUAAUUUAGUAAUAAUACGAUUGCAAAACAAAAGAAAUAUAAUUGCAAAUCAUCAACUUACAAAGUAUCGGAAAAUCUUGUACCGGUACACAAUUAGUACAAUGUGCCAAUUAAUAAUGAUGAAUGCGAAUAAACACAUAUGAGCACACAAAGAAUAAUACAGUUGUCUCAUAAAGUUAAUAAUAUCUAUCUCCGUCUAUCUCAAUCUCUGCCUGAAUCUGUUUCCCUCUCUCCGAAACCCUUUAUUUAUAUUGUGGGUCUACCGACGCGUCCAGAAACGCCUUUACUUUUCUAAUACAUUAGCGAACAUUCAACAAAACACCACUGAGAACAAACUAAUUAUUUUUAAUUGCUGUCGGCAAUAAAAACGACAUAUCAAAAGACUAAGCCACGCCCAUCUAUGAAAUUAGUGUCUCAUGUGGGGUCAACCAGAGUGCACGCACGAGGAAAGUGUUGUAAACAUGCUCUACAUAACAUAGUUAUUUUAAAAAAUGUAAUAUUUUGUUUUUUUAAAUGAUUUAACUGUUGUUUUUAGGAAAAUGUAUAGUGGACUACACAGAGAAAGGCUGGUUCAUAACCUACAUAGACAGGGACCCAGAAACCAUACGUAGACAAGAGGCAGUUAAAGCAAAGGAAAAAAUGGAUGCAGAUGAUGAUGAGAAAAUCUCAAAAUUUAUUGAGAAGCAGAUAGAAAGGGCUAAAGAGAGUGCUACUCCUAAAGAAGAGGUGCAAUUCACUGACCUCAAAAGGGAAGAUGAAGGAGAAAAAAUUGCUUUUAAUCUUGGAGCGGCAAAGAAGUUGGAUCCUGUUAUAAAAAAACCUGAGUGAGUUGUAAAAAAAUUCCAAGCCAACAAAUAAAUCAAUAGAAAAUUACAUUGUGAAGACUUACCUUUUAGGGUGCACAAUUAAUUAAUUUCCUGUUUUUUGUUAUAGCAAAGGGUAUAAUUUAGGUUUAAAAAUUAUGUAUUUUUAAUUCAGAAAAUGAAAAUAGUAAAGAUUGCAGAUUUGUAAAUGUGAUGAAGAUUAUAAAAUUAAAUAUGUUCUUCAUAGUUUUAAAGUAUACAAUUUAAUCAUACACAUUGGUACCCUGCACCCAAGGCAAUUAAGGUCAGUUAUUCUAACAUUUAAUAAAACAUUUCUUUUUUGCUUUUGUUAUCUAGUAUAACUGCAAGCACAUCAACUAAUCCUCUUGUGGCAACAGAGAAAAAGUUAGAAAAGACAAAACAUUCUUCUACCAGUAAACCAGAAAAGAGAAAAGCAAAGACUGCCUUAGAUGAAAUUAUGGAGGUAAGAGUCUAUUGUGCAAUGUUUGAGAAAUUAAAGAAAAACAACUUAGCUCUCGGUGGUAUUUCCUCUCACUAGCUCGUGACCUUUGCAACAUAAAUUAACACUCUAAGCUAUCUUAGCACCUCACACAGGAAAGACCUUUAUUUUUUUUUGCACCAAUAAAAACAUACAUUAAACAUCUAUGACUGACCUAGCUGCAGCGCAAAAUCAUGAUUUUAAAAAAUUUGUUAAGCUCAUAUAAGGAAAAACAGGAACCUGGAUCUCCGGAUACAAUCAUUUCCCACUCCCCGAAAUGCAUUUCUUCCACCCUACACAAUAUCGGGAACAUCUCUCAAUAAACAUUUCACAAAUACUUCAUAAUUACUGACAUCUCACCACUUAUGACACACCAUCUAUUACUACAAUAAGGAUAUUGCUUUCAAAGAGUUAACAUCCAUUUUUCCUAAGAAGUUUGAUUAUUGAAAAUGAAGUAAAUCUUUAAAAAAAAUAAUUCUAAAAGGGCUGAUGUUUGUCCUUUCCUGAGAAAUCAUUUUAAUGGUAUGUCAUUAUUUAUUUAGGUUGAAGAGAUGAAGAAGGAAAAAAUUAACCGUAAAGACUAUUGGUUGCAGCCAGGCAUUGUUGUCAAGGUCAUUCAUAAAAAGCUAGGAGAAAAAUAUUACAAAAAGAAGGCAGUAGUUAAGGUAAGUUUAAUUUUUGCUCAAUUUGCUUCUCCAGUUGAUUAUAGUUAUUAGAAGAUGGUAACAGUUAAACUGAAAAUUUAACCAAAGCAAUUUAUACAGAAAUAAUUGUUUGAUGCUGACAAUAAAACAGAAUUUCUCCUUUCAUAUUCUGAGUGAAAGAUACAUUGAAGUGCCUCUCUUAACCCUUGAAAGAACAACAAGCUCACUUUUGUCUAAAAUGUUGGCUCAUUUACAAAUAUUUAUGUUUAUCAGUUAUGUUUUGGCAAAGCAUACUGGCAUUUUAUUCAUGGCCAAAUUUUAGAGGAAUUAUUUUUUUUAAUAUUCUGAGAUUUAAAAAUUCUGGAAUAAAUAUAAAUUAGUCACUGAAAAUGGUCCAUUAAUGUAAUACGAAUAGAUUGGUGGUAGCUUUGGCAUUUUCUUUUCCUACUAUCAUUAUUUAACCGUUCAUUCAACAUAUGGAUCCCUCAAUUGGUGCAUUAUAUUUCUUUGCUUCUACAUUAAAAAAAAAAAAAACUUUAUUAGGUGACCAUGUGAUUGUUAAAAUGGUUUUUGAAAAGCAUAUAUUUUAAAACUUACAAGUAUACCUAUUCAAGUUAGCUCAGUGUACAAGAACUUACAUUUACAGCACUCACAAAAUGAUAGCAAGUAAUUGUAAUAUUGAUAAACUUUUGGGAAUGUGUCUUUUUGUGUCAAUAGAAACAAUUAUUUACCCUUUUACCCUCUUCUGUUUUUUUCAUAACCAGGAGGUCAAGGAUCUUUUCACAGGCAUCAUAAAGAUGCUUGACAAUGGAGACAAAUUGAAAGUGGACCAGACACAUGUGGAAACUGUUAUCCCAGGCAUAGGUAUGAAAGUCUCAGAAAAUUGGAUUCUUUGCGUGUUGUUAAAGGUAAAAUGAAACUGCAGUUUUUUAAAGCAUGACCAGUGGUUUCCAGUGUGUGCACUGCGGCACCCUGGGGGCGCCGCAUCUUCUUCAAAGGGUGCUAUGAAAUAUAAAAAUAGUGUGUACUACAUAGAGAAAGGCAAUGUCAUUUCCAUUUUUGUAUUAAUAUGCUGGAACGUGUCAUCUAGUGGAUUUGGUUCUAACCAGUGACACAUUAAAAAGUAACUGUUUGCAGAAGCCUCUACAAAUGGUCUGUAGACAGUGCUUUCUGAUCUUAAAUACAUGUUUUGUUUAUUUUAACGUAAGACUUAAUUGAAUUUUUGUCCAGCUAUUUUGUAGUGCAAUUGUUAGAAUUUGACUCGGGAGGGGGGGGGGGCUUUCGGUAAACCUAGUUAGCUGGGGGUUUGAGUGAAAAAAAGUUUGGAUCCCACUUGCAUAAACUGCUCUUGAUAAAUUUAUGCUAAUUUUUUUGUUAAAGUGACAUCAAGUUCCAUUGAUGUUUUCUCUAGAGUAAAUGUAAUGAUCUAUUAGUUUCUCUCCCAUGACCUACUGUGUAUUGUGUACAAGAAAUAUAAUCACAUCAUUUUUUAUUCUGGUGCCACAGGCAAGUCUGUGAUGGUGGUCAAUGGGGCUUACAGAGGGGAGGAGGCAACUCUGGAUGCUAUUGAUGAGAAAAACUUUUGCUGCACUGUAACACUGAAACAUGUUAGUAUAACUUUAACACAUAGGCUGACAUUAUAACAUGACAACUAGGUUGACAUCAGAACAUGACAGCCAGGUCAACAUUAGAACAUGGCAACCAGGUUGACAUUUAGAACAUGACAACAGGUCAACAUUUAGAACAUUUGACUUUACAAUAUGACAAUUGGAACCUUCAUAUUAAAUGACUGCCAAGUCAUCAUUAAGACUAAGCCAUGACACAUGGUUGCCUGACUUUAUCAUUUUAUAUUCAGCUUCCGGCCCAUGUCUGUAAAUUCCCUUAGCUUGUGAUCUGAACUAUUUGUUAUAUACUUAAAACAUUUAUCCCUGUAAAUAUAAACGGGUAAGUUUUCCAAAUUUUCAGGAGACACUAAGAACCUAAUAACUAAAAAAAAAAAAAACACAAAAAAAACCACAUUUAAAAACAUUAGGCUAAAUUAGGUUAAUGUUGUCACUGAAAUAAAUGUACUUUCCGCUGAUGUAAUUUAACAAAUAUUUCUACAGGACAGGGAAAUUUGAAGGAAAAAAACAUUUACGAAAAUUGGUUUGAUAUAUUUAUAGAGUUACAGGAACAGUUCCAUUUUUUUCACAUAAAAAAUGUCAUUUUAAUAUCCAUGUUUUUAUGUUGACACUUCUAUAACUAUACCUUGCUUGUUGUUUCAGGGCCCACUGACUGGUAGAGUUCUGACUAAGAUACAGUAUGAGGACAUCAGUAAAUUACAUACAGAAUCUUGAGGACAUUCGUAUAUUACAUGCAGAAUCUUGAGGACUUCAGUAAAUUACAUGCAGAAUAUUGAGGACUUCAGUAUAUUACAUGCAGAAUAUUGAGGACAUCAGUAAAUGACAUGCAGAAUAUUGAGAAUAUCAGAAAAUUACAUGCAGAAUCUAGUUAUCAGUAAUUUACGUUGGAGAGUUAUGUUAAAUUUGUUUUGAAGCCCUGUACACAAUUUGAUGUAAUGUUAUCAAUUGCUACUAGUGCUACUCACAUUGGCCAGUGAUAAAAUAAGUAUUUGACAAUUUUCAACAGGAUAUCUGCUCCGAGGGAUACAUGAUUGACAUGGGAUUGUCAUUAAAUAAUUUCAACUUGUUCAAUCUGAUAUAAUUAUUUGCACAUGCAUUAUAGUCAAAGAUAAACAAAAAUAAUAACAUUUGAUUUAACAAUAAAAAUUGAGUUACUUUAAUAUCUAAUAAGUUGAAGGAAUUUUUCCAGCUUAAGCCUUAAGAAAAACAUGUAAUUUUGGAAGACUAAUCUGAAUUGAAAUUGACAAAAAAUAUUUAAAAUAUUUAAUUCAAAUUUUUCUUUGUAUUUCAUCAGUGUAAAAUAUGUACAUAUAAUAUUAUCAUUAAUGACCUUUUGAAAAUUUACACUGUAGAAUUUCAAAAUUUUAUGUGAAUAAAACCAUUGUUUCU